ACUCGCUGGCGCAGCGGGGUUCGGUGGGGUUGUCUUUCCGACGUUGGCGGUAGCGAGUCUGGUCUCAGCAGCCCGCCCUGCGCGUGCUUCUCUCGCUCUGCAGCGCUCUUCCUGCUUGGGGGUCUCCUAAGCUUGCAAAAUGGCUGACGGACGGGACGUCGCCUCGGAGCAGCUGAAGCGGUGGCAAAGCCAGCGAGGCUCUCAGAAGCCAGAUGCCUUGACCACUGGUGCUGGCAACCCAAUAGGAGAUAAGCUGAAUAUUAUGACAGUUGGGCCACGUGGACCUCUUCUUGUUCAAGAUGUUGUUUUCACUGAUGAGAUGGCUCAUUUUGACAGAGAGAGGAUUCCUGAAAGAGUUGUGCAUGCGAAAGGAGCAGGUGCCUUUGGCUAUUUUGAAGUGACUCAUGAUAUUACCAAGUACUGCAAGGCGAAAGUGUUUGAACACAUUGGAAAAAGAACUCCAAUUGCUAUACGGUUCUCCACUGUUGCUGGAGAAUCUGGGUCUGCUGAUACAGUUCGUGACCCUCGAGGCUUUGCAAUGAAAUUCUAUACAGAAGAAGGUAACUGGGAUCUUGUGGGAAAUAAUACUCCUAUCUUCUUUAUUCGGGAUGCAAUGUUGUUUCCAUCCUUCAUCCAUAGCCAGAAGAGGAACCCUCAGACUCAUUUGAAGGAUCCAGAUAUGGUAUGGGACUUCUUGAGUCUUCGCCCUGAGUCUUUACAUCAAGUGUCUUUCCUGUACAGUGAUCGUGGUAUUCCUGAUGGAUUUCGCCAUAUGAAUGGAUAUGGAUCUCAUACUUUUAAACUUGUUAAUGCUAGUGGGGGAGCUGUUUACUGCAAGUUCCACGUUAAGACCGAUCAGGGCAUCAAAAAUCUUUCUGUUGAAGAAGCAGCAAGACUGGCUUCUACUGAUCCUGAUUAUGGAAUUCGUGAUCUUUACAAUGCCAUAGCCAAUGGAAACUAUCCUUCCUGGUCUUUCUACAUUCAAGUUAUGACUUUUGAAGAAGCAGAGAGGUUCCCAUUUAAUCCUUUUGAUUUGACUAAGAUUUGGCCACAUGGUGACUACCCUCUCAUUCCAGUGGGCAAGAUUGUCUUGAACAGGAAUCCUGUCAAUUACUUUACGGAGGUAGAACAGAUGGCGUAUGACCCUAGCAACAUGCCACCUGGUAUUGAACCUAGCCCUGACAAGAUGCUGCAGGGUCGUCUCUUUGCGUAUCCUGACACGCAUAGACAUCGUCUGGGACCAAACUAUCUGCAAAUUCCUGUGAAUUGCCCCUACAGGGCUCGCGUGGCCAAUUAUCAGAGGGACGGGCCAAUGUGUGUGUCUGACAACCAAGGUGGCGCCCCGAACUAUUAUCCAAAUAGCUUUACAGGCCCAGAAGAUCAGCCUGUUCUGAAGGAGAGCCGCAUGUCCGUUUCAGGAGAUGUGCAGCGUUUCAGUAGUGCAAAUGAAGAUAAUGUGUCUCAGGUGCGAGACUUCUAUCUCAAAGUGUUGAAAGAGGAUGAACGCCAAAGGCUGUGUAAGAAUAUCGCUGAUCAUCUGAAAGACGCUCAACUUUUCAUUCAGAAGAGAGCUGUGAAAAACUUCACUGAUGUUCAUCCUGACUAUGGCGCGCGUAUUCAGGCACUGCUGGACAAAUACAAUGCUGAAGCUGGGAAAAAGGAUGUAAUUAGGACAUACACGCAAGCCACUUCUCGUGUGUCUGCCAAAGAGAGAUCCAACUUGUAAAGUGUGCUACAGAGAAUUACCAUGUGAAUUUUGCGUCCAUACAACUGCAGGACAAACUGUUGAAAAAUGAUAUUGAAUGUAGCAGAAUUCCUCACAAAUUUUUUACAGGCUUGAUUUAUUAAGCUUUCAAGUGCCUGUAUCUGUACUGGAAACAGUAAGUAACACAAGCUAACAAUCCUAGUGCCUUUCAACACUAGUGCUUUACUGCUUGCUAAAAACAUGGUGUUUUCAAGGAAACUAAUUAAAAAGUUUUCAUUUCUAAGAGGAAACAUAAAUUAAUGUUUUAUUCCAUUUUUUUAAAUUUAAAAAUUUCUCUGGCUAAAUUGCACAAUAAGACUUAUGUAACGAUACUGUGAUUAUCCCUAAGGAUAAAACUUGUUCAUGUUUAAAAAGCUGAUAUUAGUAUUUCUAGUAAAGUAGUUACGUGUAUGUAUUUGUAGGUGCUUCCUUUUGGAUUUCUGUUUCGUCUUCCUGAAUUAAAAUAAUACCUAUGCAGUAGUUCUGGUAAAAUAUUGGUUAUUUCUAGUUCCUGUCCUCAAAAAUGAGGCUGAAUAGUAUAUAUAUGUAAUUUUCAUUCCGAACACACAUUGAAGGUAACAAAUCUCUACUUACAAAUGCAGUGUCAGAGAUAACUAAUCUAAGGGAGAUGGUGAGGGCAGUUAUUUCUGUAGGGGGUGAAAAAUGUUUUUUCUCAUUUACAAGAAUUCAAAUUGGAAAACAUUGAUUUUUUUUUCCAAAUGUGUGGAAUACUAACCUCCUCAUACAUUGGCUUACAAGCUUAGAUGCCUUAAACUAUUCCCAAUAGCUCCUGAAGUUAUUUCACUGCUGUAAUCUGAUGUUACUAUCUGUUGCUUAAACCACAGCUGGUUUUCAGAAUUCAAGUCUAAUUGAAAUGGUAUGUUUGUAUGAAUGUGCAUGCUUCUAUAUAGGGAUAAAAGGGAUAAAAUCUGAUUUUAGACAUAUUGGAAUGUUGUGCACUGUUUGCAAUUUAAUUUAUCAGUGCAAAAAGAAAUUGAAACCAUUUGGAUUGAGAAGUGUUCUUUUUUCUGAUUGUUCAAAGGAGUUUCUUUAGCAUAUUGAUAACUUUAUCUACAGUUUUGAAGUAUGAUCUUUAAUAGUAUCUUAUGAACUGAGACAUAAUGAAAGUGUUUAUAUUUUAACUGUAUACUGAGCUCUUAAGUUUUAUGAUAACUAUGGGAUUUCUGGUUUUAUUGUACCUGAAUCUGUCUGGUGUUGGCCUAAGAAAGUACAGUCUGUGCCUGAAUGUUUCAAAGUAUGUUCAUACAACGAAGCCACGACUUAAGCUACUUUUUUAUAGAGGCCAAAAUCCCAACAAGUAUUUUCUUCUUAAUUAACUUGAAAGUAUCACCCAGUUAUGGGGUAACUGGUGUUCAAACUGCUGGCUGGAAUUUAGAAUAAAAGUUUGUCAUACCCAUUACACAUUGAAACUAUUCCUAAUAAAGUAAAAAUGUUUUCUAACCAUGCUCAACAGGCAAUUUGCCAUGCAUCUAUAAUUCCAGCAAGUAUUAAUAAUUCUGCCUGUUACUUUCCCUCUUCCCUUACCAAAGAGAAAGAUCAGUGUGUAUAUGUAACCAGUCUUAACUACACAGCAUCGCCCUCGAUUUGAAAUAUAUCCUUGUCUGCCUACUAAUAUUGCUUCACUAGCAGUUGGAUUGGAAGAAGCAUGAAUGAUGAUGAAAGAUUUCAGAGCCCAGCUACUACCUUUUAAGCAAACACUAUACCGGUUUCAACAGCUGGUGCAUUUGAGGACCUACCUUGAAUUGUAUUUUGAAUAGAUGUACUUCUUGAUUUGGAUUUCAAGCACGAAUUAGCUUUAUGAAAAGUGAUAGAGAUAGAUUAAAAAAAAAAAAGAUAAAGUACAAGAAAGGUUGUAGAAGGCUACUCCAACUCAUUUACAUACUAACCUACUGUGAAAAAACAUCUGUGUGAUAAUGUAAAAUGGUAUUAAAUGACGGUCUGUUUUAUCCUGGGAUUUGUCUGGAUAAUUGCAUGAUCAGGCUGGUGGGAAAUAAAAGAGCUGUAUAAGUGGGUAGGAAUUUUUCUUGCUGGCACAGAGAAUCCUGAUGAGUCUUGGGAAAGAGUAAGCGAGACUUAGUCUGUAAUUUGUGAUCUCUGCUAAACAGAUUAUGUUGCCUUUCUUUUAUUUCUGAAAUAAAACAAUUGAAAAUUUCUCAGC